ACCAUCUCAAAUACAUGAUACAUCCCAAACACAAUGCCAUUUGCAAUUCUUUCUGUAAAUUGUUCCAAUUUUCCAUUUUCCUCUUCCCUUUUUCCUUGGAAUUAUUCCCAUUUUUGCAGCGGCUAUGGAUAGAAUGAGGCCGGAGUACACAAGGCAGAGAAGUUCGGGGGGCACGCCUGGGCCUCCGGGAUCACCAAUGGCGUCUCCACUGACCAGGCACGUGCGUUCGGGAUCAACGAAUAUUGGCCAUUCUAGAAAGGCCCAAACAAAAGCCGCAGCGCAGAGGCUUGCUGCUGUGAUGUCGCACCAAAAUGAUGACGAUGACGACGGCGAUGAACUUGCCUCUGACCAUAACGUCGUCGGCACGGGGAGCAUCAGACUCGGCGGUGGAAGAGCAGUACGUCCGAGCUCUCCCAUGACCAAAAGCACAGCUCAAAGGCCUGUUCCACAGUUGACAGUCCAAAAACUAUCUGAUGAGGUCUGUGAUGAGGAUGACCUUUUAGUGAGUGGCAAAGCAAGCAUUGGGCUUGGUGGAAGGGCAGUGCGGCCACCCUCCCCUAUGGCCAAAAACAUAGCUCAUAGGUGCUUGCCACAGGAGAUGUCCCAACAACCAUCUUAUGAGGACCGUGAUGAGGAUGACCUUUUAGUGAGCGGCACAGCAGGUAUUGGGCUUGUUAGUGCAAGGGCAGGGCGGCCACGCUCCCCAAUGUCAAAAAACCCAGUUCAAAAGUGCAUGGCACAAGUGAUGACACAACAAUCUGCUAAUGAGUAUACUGAUAGGGAUGACAUUUUAGUGAGUGGAAAACCAAGCAUUGGGCUUGCUGGGGGAAGGUCAAUGCGUUCACGCUCUACCAUGACCAAAACGGCACAAAGUCAUGUACAACAUGUAAUGCCAGAGCCAACAGGUAAUGAGCACAAUGAUGGAAACGACCAUUCACAUGAUAAUAGUUCAUUGAGUGGCGUCACAAGCAUUGGGCAUGCCAGUGGAAGGACAAGACUUCCAUCUCCUGUGUCGGUUCGUACCAGUCAAGAACAACCCCCAUCCACACAUUCAAUGUCAAGUGCUCUACUUUCUUUAUCCAUUAACUCUGUGCAACAACCAUCAUUGGAGCACUCAACUUCAGCUGACCAGAACUCCAACUCUGUAGAGCAACCCUUGUCUGCUCGUUCAACUUCAUAUGGACAACAAUAUCAUCCAAAUUUAAAAGUCAAGACAGUUCCUAUGGUUCCUGCUAGCAUGGCUAUAUCACUGAAGCCUGCUUCAUCUGUGAAUCCAUCUGAGACCCGAAAUGAUUAUCAGAGAGACAAAAGAAUGUCAGUAGAUUUUGGGAGUGUGAGCUGCUUAAAAGAAAGAGGGAGUCAGAAUUCCAUGUCUGCUCUUCAAGAUGAGCUUGAUAUGCUACAGGAGGAAAAUGAAAGUUUACUUGAAAAGCUACGACUUGCAGAAGAUAGGUGUGAGGAAGCAGAAACGAGAGCUCGACAGCUUGAGAGACAGGUUGCUACUCUUGGAGAAGGUGUAACUUUAGAUGCACGCCUUUUGAGCAGAAAGGAAGCAGCCCUGCAGCAAAGGGAGGCUGCUCUGAGGGUUGCAGCACAAAGUUCUUGUGGUAAUCCCAAAGAGGUCGCUGUCCUUCGUACAGAAGCUGAGAUGGCUACAGAUGAGGCAGCAUCUGCUUUAGAGCAGCUCCAUGAAGUUGAAUGUGAAAUCAAAUCACUUUGGCACCUGAAUCAUAAAAUGAUACUGACUCAGGAAGAGAUGGAAGAGGUUGUUUUAAAGAGGUGCUGGCUUGCUCAUUAUUGGAGUUUAUGUCUUCAGCAUGGUGUUCAUGCAGAUAUUGCUGGAGCAAGGUUUGAAUAUUGGUCAUCUUUGGCACCUCUACCUGAUGAAAUUGUAUUAGAUGCUGGACAAAAAGCCAAAGAGGAUAACUUGUCAUCCAAUAAUGAACUAUCGGCAGAGGGAAAUGUUGAAAGCAUGCUUGUAGUUGAGAAAGGUCUGAGAGAAUUGGCAUCAUUAAAGGUAGAGGAUGCAGUUGCAUUUGCAAUGGCUCAAAGCCGGCACUCAAAUCCUCCAAAAUUUGAUGAGGUGAAACUACCUAUUGAGGGUCAGUUUGAAGCAUUUGAAUUGAGCCAAGAGGAGUCAGAGGAUGUACGUUUUAAGCAGGUAUGACAUUAUCUCUAGUCUAUAGCAACUUUUUUUUGUACAGUAUUUAGGGCAAAGCUUGAUACUGAUUCAUUGAUUGUUCUUUCAUUAAGGAUUAUAAAUAUGACAAGCAUUU